GACAGUGUCAGUAAUAUAAACAAACUUGCGUCGUACACUGAUAAAUUUAAAAUGUAAUAUACAACAGUUUAAGCAUCUACAUUGUAUAAGGAAAUUUAUUUGAAUACCAUGGCCAUUUUUAUCAAAGAUGUGCUAUGUAACUGCUUAUUUUCUAACAGUAUUUCUUCACUAUAGUCUGAACCAGUAUGAAACCAUAUCUCCGAACAAAUAAAAAGUUUAUGGUUCAACAGCUACGCUCGGCGUCGAGGUUAGGUCGUGUGAAACUGUUGGUCCGAGAGUUCGCAAAUGAUAUUCACACACUAUGGCGUUACGGUGCGCCUUUCCCUACUUUCCUGAAGCUCAUUGCCACUUUGUUACUCUGCCUGUUUGUGGUCAUGCCACUCGUUUAUCCCAUUUUCGUACUAGCCAUAACGUUCUUUACAUUCGAAGGACUCUACCUCAGUUGGUGGGCCAAUCAACCGUGGAGAUUUUUGCCAACAAAUAUAUUGAAGCGGACUUUCUCCGUUGCUCUUUAUACAUGUGCCAACCAUGAGAUGUGGAAAGUCCGAGACGUACUCACACGAGGAAUCCUUCUAACUCACUCUCUGGCCACCUCAGUGGACUACCUCUGUGUUAUGCAAGGCUUGCUAGAUGAAACUUGAUAUUAAAACAUUUAAGUUUUAAAUUACUAUGAAAUAUGACGUUUCAAGUAUUAAGGAAAAUAUACUUUAAAACAAAACUGCAUAGGCCAUAAAUCACGCUACGCGGUAGUCAGAGGUUCAUUUGACAUUUCAUGUGAAAUUUAUAAAAAAAAUUACUUUGAGCAUUAAUUAACAA